AUGAUGAAGCGAGAACAUCCAUCACAUUUGUAUGCCAAGAAACACCGUGAAUUGUUUCCACAAUGGUUUUUAGAAUAUGUGAAUAAGUUGAAAUCAUCGAAUUCCCCCACUUACAGUGAAGAGUUAUAUAACUUGGCGUUCGGGCUGAAUUAUUCUUGGGUUGUCAUGUUAAUGGCGUUAAGUUUUUGGGGACUGCACGAGAUGACAAGUUGUGUACGCAAAACAGCGGUGUCCAUGUCCCAGGGGGAGGCAAAAGUACGGACAUUGAUUUCUAUGGCAAACUCACAACUGUCGUGCAAUUGCUUUGCAAAGACCGAUACCAAGUCAUCAUGUUUAAGUGUCGAUGGUUUGAUACAAACCCAAGUCGAAUGA